UUCAGUGCUGCCCGAAAAUUCCGUUGAAGUACGAUUUCUCUCACAGACAGAGAGAGAGGGAGAGAGAAGGGCAUCGCCAUUACCGCCGAUCUUUCUCAAAGCAGCAGACUGGAAGGGCCGGCCACUCACUGAGGAGGAACGACGAGCAGCCGAAUCUCCGAUCGGGUCUGUCUCGGAAUAUUCCUCUCCAUUUCGAUUUUGAAGGUUUCUCUUCCAGCUCUGUGUGGGGAUUCGUGUGUGUCCGUGUUUAAUCGGUCUUGUUUGUGGCUUUUUUGGUGCGAGGUUGAUUUUGUUUUUGUGCGUUUUGAUUGCAAUUUGAUUUGUGCCGAGUCUAGGGUUUCGUUGACGUCGCAUUUGGUUCGGUGGUUUUGUGCUGGGAAACUAGGGUUCGGUUUUGUCGUUCUGUUUUUUUUUUUGGUUCGUUUUGUUGGACGAACAACGUGUUCGAUCUUGAGGUAGGGUUUUGGGGAGAGGGGAAGGGGUUUGUGGAGAAAGGCCUGGUCUUUGGGCCUGUAGUUGUUGGUUUGGUCUGCGAUUGUUGCAUGAGGAUUUGGUGGUGUUUAUGUUUCGGCCGAGAAGAAGAAAAAGAAGAAGAGGAUAAGAAAAUGCUGAGGGAAGAGGAGGAGGAGGGAAUUGUCGGAGAUGAAAAUGCAGGGGAGGAUAUGGCAAACGAACAUAGGUUUCCUGGUGAAGAAGGGUUUCGCGACAUUGGGUUUUCUCUGGAUGAGUUCCAGUCACUGUCUCAGUCUCACUUCGUGGAUGGAGCAUAUGAAAAAGAAGGGCUUGGUGCUAAUAGUAGUGGCUUUGAUUUCACGGCUGGGAGUUCUGGGGGUGGUUUUGACGACCGCCAUCACCAUCUGAAGCAGGUUCCCUCUUCUAGUUCCGGCGUUCAGGGUUCAAAUAUGAUGCUAGUAAAUUCGAGUUUGGGUUCGGACAAAGAAGAGCCAUCGUCCUCAUCUGCAGCUGCAUUGACAAGAGAUGAAGAAUGUGAUCGUGAUUCUCAGAAUAAGCGCCCUAAAGUUCAAUCCUUUUCCUUGGACUGGAAUUAUCAUUUUGCGGCAGCAACUUCUUCAAAUACCGAUAAUUAUUACCUUCAUCUGACAAAUUGCAAUAUAAAUGAACGUUCCUUUGAUAAUGAGCCCUAUUAUCUUUCUCCACUAUUAAAUGGUGGGAUUAAUGAGAAUUCCCUUGAUCCACUUGGCGGGAGAGAUGAAGGAGAUGGAUGGAGUGUUUCAGAAACAGAAGACUUAGAAGUCCGAAUGGAUCUUACAGAUGACUUGUUACACAUGGUAUUCUCUUUCUUGAAGCAUAUCGAUCUUUGUCGGGCAGCCAUGGUUUGCAGGCAGUGGCGGGCGGCUAGUGCACAUGAAGAUUUCUGGAAAUUCUUGGAUUUUGAAAAUCGGAACAUAUCUGUGCAACAAUUUGAGGAUAUGUGUCAUCGAUAUCCAAAUGCCAACAAAGUGAACAUUUAUGGUGCCCCUCUUAUUCAUUCACUUGUUAUGAAGACAGUUUCAUCAUUAAGGAAUAUUGAGGCUUUGACAUUGGGGAGAGGACAACUAGGGGAAACUGUUUUCCAAGUUCUAACAGAUUGCCAACUGUUAAAGAACCUGGUUAUUAAUGAUGCUACCCUUGGUAAUGGAAUUCAAGAGAUACCUAUAUACCAUGAUAGACUCAGAGAACUUCAUGUUGUGAAAUGCCGAGUGCUUCGUAUUUCUGUGAGGUGCCCGCAACUUGAGAUCUUGUCUUUGAAGCGUAGUUCUAUGGCCCAUGCUGCACUCAACUGUCCUCUUUUGCAUGAUCUUGAUAUAGCCUCUUGUCACAAGAUCUCAGACGCUGCAAUUCGAACAGCAGCAGCAUCGUGCCCACUUUUAGAAUCUCUCGAUAUGUCAAAUUGUUCAUGUGUGAGUGAUGAGACUCUUCGUGAAAUAGCCCUCAUUUGUAGUAAUCUCCAUGUUCUGAAUGCUUCGUACUGCCCAAAUAUCUCUCUCGAGUCUGUAAGACUGCCAAUGCUGACAGUUCUCAUGCUUCAUAGUUGUGAUGGAAUAACUUCAGCUUCAAUGGCAGCAAUAUCUCAUAGUUAUAUGUUGGAGGUCUUGGAGCUCGACAAUUGCAGCUUAUUGGCAUCAGUUUCCUUGGAUCUCCCACGCCUGCAGAAUAUAAGGCUUGUUCAUUGUCGCAAGUUUGUGGAUUUAAAUUUACUAACUACUAUGCUCUCAUCUAUUACGGUGUCAAAUUGCCCUUCGCUGCAACGGAUUAGCAUCACAUCAAAUUCACUACAAUUUGUGGUUUUACAGAAACUAGUGCUCCAAAAGCAGGAAAGCUUGACAACUCUGGCAUUGGAAUGCCAAUGUUUGCAAGAAGUGGAUCUUGCUGAUUGUGAAUCUCUUACAAAUUCUAUUUGUCAAGUUUUCAGCAAUGCUGGUGGAUGCCCUAUGCUGAAAUCACUAGUUCUUGAUAAUUGUGAGAGCUUGACAGCGGUGGGGUUCUGUAGCACUUCUUUAGUCAGUCUGUCUCUUGCUGGUUGCCGCGCUGUUACAUCUAUUGAACUCACAUGUCCUUACCUUGAGAAAGUUUCUUUGGACGGCUGUGAUCAUCUUGAAAGAGCAUCAUUUUUCCCUGUUGGUCUUCAGUCACUUAAUUUGGGAAUAUGUCCCAAACUGAGUGUACUUAAUAUUGAAGCACCGCGAAUGAUGUUGCUUGAGUUGAAAGGAUGCGGUGUUCUAUCUGAGGCAACUAUUAAUUGCCCUCUCCUAACUUCUCUGGAUGCUUCCUUUUGCAGCCAACUGAAAGAUGACUGCUUGUCUGCAACCACUGCUUCGUGCCCUCUCAUUGAAUCACUAAUAUUAAUGUCUUGCCCAUCUGUUGGUCCUGAUGGACUCUCUUCUUUGCGCUGGCUUCCAUUUCUAACUUCCCUUGAUUUAUCGUACACCUUUCUGAUGAGCUUGCAGCCUGUUUUUGUGUCCUGUUUGAAGUUGAAGGUUUUGAAGUUGCAGGCAUGCAAAUAUCUUGCUGAUGUGGCGCUGGAGCCUCUUUACAAAGAAGGUGCUCUCCCGGCUCUCUGUGAGCUGGACUUAUCGUAUGGGACCCUCUGCCAGUCUGCCAUAGAGGAGCUUUUGGCUUGCUGCACUCAUCUAACGCAUUUGAGCUUGAAUGGCUGUGUGAAUAUGCAUGACCUGAAUUGGGGUUUUAGCACUGAGCAGCUUUGUGAGCUACCAAGCAUUUGUGGUUCAUCUGACCUCGCUUCUCAAGAUGAUGCCCACCUGCAAAUUGAGCAGCCUAACCGUUUGCUGCAGAACCUCAAUUGUGUUGGUUGUCCAAACAUUAAGAAAGUUCUCAUUCCUCCAGCUGCGCGGUGCUUCCAUUUGUCGUCGCUCAACCUCUCCCUGUCUGCAAAUUUGAAAGAAGUUGAUGUUGCUUGUUUCAAUUUAUCCUUUCUCAAUUUGAGCAAUUGUUGCACCUUGGAAAUUUUGAAACUUGAGUGUCCAAGAUUGACUACCUUAUUUCUUCAGUCAUGCAACAUUGAUGAGGAGACUGUUGAAACUGCCGUAUCACAAUGCAACAUGUUGGAGACUCUGGAUGUCCGCUACUGUCCAAAGAUAUGCCCAGAGAGCAUGGGGAGGCUACGGGCUGCAUGCUCGAGUUUGAAGCGCAUUUUCAGCAGCUUGUCAGCCACGUGAUAGGCAUGUGCCUAGCAUGCAUGGUACAUUAACCAACUCUGCAGUAUUUUUGUGAUUGUAAAUGCAUGGUCUCCAUUAUGUUUGCGUCUCCCUUGGGUGUACCUGAAGUAGUAACUUCAUCUUUUGGCUGUCUCAUGUAAUCUAAGCUGUGAGAUAAUAAAUUUCUUUCAUUAUUGAUUAAAUUAAUUAUUACAUGUUGGGGCAACAGCUUAUCUUCUAUA